AUGGAUCGUGAUUUAAACAUAGACGAAAGAAAAGAAAAGUAUAGAAGUCGUGAGGUAAUUUGUGAAAAAAAUUGGAAACACGUUAUUAAUCAUUAUCAUUGUAUGGAUUGUUUAGAUGAGGAAACCGACGAUAAAGAAAAAGCUCAUCUACGAUAUGGGAUAUGCAAAGAGUGUUCUCAACCUAAUACGGGAAGUAUUAUUUGGUGUUCUUUUUGCAACAUAAAAUAUCUUCAACAAGACUUUGAUAAGUGGACUAGUGAAAACGAAGAUAUUGAUGAAUUAAUUAAAAAUAGUCAACUUAAAGCAUCGAGUACAAAUGGUAUAAUAGAAUGGAUACCUUAUAACAAAUUUACUAAUAUUAAAUAUGUAGCUACCGGAGGUUUUGCUAAGGUGUAUUCAGCCAAUUGGAUCGAUGGAUACAUUAGGGGUUGGGAUCUUGAAACUAAAAACUGGAAAAGAAAAAAGCAAAAGAAAGUUGCUUUAAAAGAAUUGAAUGGUUCUUCUAAAGACAUAAGUAAAGGAUUUCUUAAUGAAUUAAAAACAUUGGUAAAAUUGCUUGAACUUAAUCCUUUUAUAGUACCACUAUACGGCAUUUCACAACAUCCUGACACUAAGAAUUUCAUAUUAGUAUUUAAAUAUAUAGAUAAUAAUUUUCAUAAUAUUCAAGGGUUCACUCCAUCAGAAAUACUUGAAUCAAGAUUAAUAAAUAUUUGUAUAAGUCUUAAGUUAAUUCACUUAAAUAAUUUAGUUCAUAGAGAUUUGCACCUAGGUAACAUUUUGCAAGAUGAUAAAAAUACAUAUAUAAGUGAUUUUGGAUUAUGUAGGCCGGCAAAUGAAAUGAACGAUCAAAAUAUUUAUGGGGUAUUGCCAUAUAUAGCACCUGAAGUAUUACGUAGAAAACCAUAUAAUCUGACAUUUAUUCAAAUUUGCCGUGAUGGAAAACGUCCAGAAAUUCGAGCUGAAAUUCCAUUAAUUUUAAAAGAUUUAAUUCAAAAAUGUUGGGAUGAAAUUCCAGAAAACCGUCCAACAAUUGAGGAAAUCAUUGAUGUUUUAACCUCUGAAGAAUUAUUUUAUAAACUUUUAAAUUUGCGCUUGGAUUUGGCCGCACUUCCGUCAUCAUCAAGCGAUACAAAACGACUUCUUGAUGUACCAGAUUCAUCAGAACUAGAACCGAUGCCAACAACGCAAAUAGCAACAGAUGUGGUGGACAGCUAG